AUGGCCGACACCACGGCCACAAGCGCCCGCACGCUCGAGCAGAUCGACCACAGCGUCUCCGAGUCGCUCAGUGCAAUUCACGCGCUGGACGCGCAGGUGCAGCAGGAGAGCCCCGACAACGCUGCGAUCCGCGACGGAAUCGCUCGGCUCGUGAACUGCAUGGAGGGCCUGCGCUCAGUGUCGUGCCCGGCAGAUCUGCGACUGCCAAUGCGGCUCGUGGAGGAGUUUGUCGACGCGGACCGCAGUCCCGACGACUUCACUGUCGCCAUGCGCAAGCUCGUGGAGGCGGUCGAGGCGGGCGGGCGAGCGAAGAGCGAUGCCCUCGCGAGCCUCGCCGCGCAGGUGGAGGCGGCAGGAGCGGACGCGGCGUCGUCCAGCAGUGGGGCGGACAGAUGA